GGAAAGUGCUGUCUGGGGAGGAGGAUGGAUUAGAGGAUGAUACCGAGAAGAGUGAGGUGACUGCUGCCGCCUUCACAGACGGCUCCUCUGUCUCCCAAGUGGAUAUCAUCACAGAGCAGCCCCGCUCCUCCCAGCAUGCCCUGCAGCCCGCCGACUCCGUGGACCUCAGCACCUCGUCAGAGCAGGGUGGCGGAGGCGGGACGUCUGCGUCUGGCACGCCUGAGUCACCCAACGAAAACGAGGAGGAAAUGCUGAGUCGGAGCUCCAGCGGUGGAGCCAAUGCCACCCCAGAGACGGCAGAGUACACCUCCUCGGAAAUUGCAGUGCCAGAAGGAGCGCCGGUGGAAGAAGGCGGAGCCCCGCUUGGCACCAACGAUCGCUCACUUCCACCCAGCGACUCCUCGCAGACGACCACGGAGGGGCCAGACUCGGCCGUGACGCCUUCAGAGGUGGCUGAGCUGGUGAGUGUCCAUGUUGGUGUUUUUGUGAAAUAGAGAUCACUUCACAAUAUGAGGACAAGGUUCGGAUCACUCCUCACUGCAGGGACCCUAAAAACACUUGAAGCUGAGGUACAGCUGAGGGCAAAACUUGCAUAUUAAGGUUCUGGAUGACUGGAUGGUUCUGGUGACUGAAAGCACUCAGAUGACAGCCCCUUCAUACCCACAAAAAUGAGCAGGUCCUCACAAUCUGAUGUCACAGAGUAAGACAGCCCCUUUAAGGAAGAGUCUGCUCUACCUGCUCCGCCCCCCGUCAAACACCAACACACAAUUUCUCCACGGAGCUAAUGGUGAUCAGCAAAAAAAUGUCAUUUUAGAUGAACAAUACUGGAUAUCCUCCAACUAUGUCCUGUUUUCAAUUAAUUCCAGUUCAAACAGGUGUUUGUUACUUUAGACGCGGGGCUCCUUUAAGACACCCCCCUCCUGAUCAGGUACAGUCGUGCAGAAGUUGAGCGUAUUUGUGUUGUGAAGCAGUGUAAGCCAGGCCUACUAAAGGCAGAUAUGUGGUAUGUGCAUCUAUCUUUGAAAACAAUUGGAUACUGUUUAUUUUUGUGGGAGAAACAAAGAAAGAA